AUGCCUAAGAACCUCGCUGCCCGCUCCUGGCCGCUAAUGCUCCUGCUGGGCAUCUUCCUUGGCAGGGCAAUUGGUGGGCCCUUGCCCUGGCGCUGUGCGCCCUGCUCCAAUGAAAAGCUGGCACUCUGCCCACCAGUGCCCGCCUCGUGCCUGGAGCUUGCCCCGCCAGUCGGCUGCGGCUGCUGUCAGACUUGUGCCCUGCAGCUGAGUGCACCAUGCGGUGUGAGCACAGCUCGCUGUGGUCGUGGACUGAGCUGCCGUGCAAUGCCUGGGGAGCCAAGGCCUCUGCAUGCCCUCACCCGCGGCCAGGGUGCCUGCAUGCCUGUGCCAGCCGAUGAUGGGACCACCAGCAGUGCCGAAGCCACAGACUUGAAGGGCUCAUCAGAUUCAGAAAAUGUUUCCCCUGAGAGUGUGGAAAUGACACAGGAACAGCUUCUGGAGAGUUUUCACCUGAUGGCCCCAUCUACUGAGGACAGGUCCAUCCUCUGGAAUGCCAUCAGCACUUACGGGAGCAUCAAGGCUCGUGAGAUUGCAGACAUCAAGAAAUGGAAGGAGCCAUGCCAAAGAGAACUCUACAAAGUCCUAGAUAGAUUAGCCAAGGAUCAGCAGAAGGCUGGAGAAGAAAUUUACAAAUUUUAUCUCCCAAACUGCAACAAGAAUGGAUUUUAUCAUAGCAAACAGUGUGAGACAUCUUUGGAGGGUGAGGCUGGGCUCUGCUGGUGUGUGUACCCAUGGAGUGGAAAGAAGAUCCCAGGGACUCCGGAGGUCAGAGGAGACCCCCACUGCCAUCAGUAUUUUAGUUUACAAAACUGA